AUGAAGGAGCGCGAGCGCGGCGAGGCGGGCGCGGCCGAGCGCGGCAAGCCGGCCACCUACACGGGCGACAAGAAGGCGAAGAUGGCGGCGCGGACCAACCAGCAGUGGGUGCGCCUGGCCACCGUGUUCGCCUACGUGCUGUCCGUGUCGCUGGCCGCCAUCGUGCUGGCCGUCUACUACAGCCUCAUCUGGCAGCCCGUCGGCGUCGGCCUGGGCGCGGGCGCGCUCGCGGGGCCGCCCCUCGCCGGCGCCCCCGGCCCCCACGCCGGCGCCCACGCCCACGCCAACGCCACCCGCCCGGCCGGCGCCCACGCCGACGCCGACGCCGAGCCCAACGCCACCGGCCCGGCCCGCGCCGAGGCCCCGCGCCGCGCGCCCCCGCUGCGCCGCGCCCCCGCCGACCCCGAGCCCCCCGACGAGCCCGACGGCGCCGAGGCCGAGGCCGAGGCCGGGCCGCUGCGGAGGCCCGACGGGCCCGGGCGCCGCUGA